AUGCUGCUCGUCCAUCAAGCCGGCAGCGUCAAGGUGGGAGAGGUGGUGCGAUUCACCUUGACCUACACUCCGAGCAACGAUCGAAUCCUGCCCAGCCCUUCGCAUCUACACCUCAAGAUCAAGAACACUUCGGCCAUCCCUCUGCGUGCCGCCUACCUCCAUGGCCCCUACAACUUGCACGUCGCCUCGUAUCCAGCCUCAUUCAACCCCAAUCACAAAGUCGAGGACCCGCAAAAGGAGGGCGUGCCGGACUUUGAACCACUGCUCAAAGCAGGUUCCAGCUGGUCUACCAAGCUGACUGUUCCCGAGAACAUCCGAGAGACGGGCAACACUUUCGCAUCCGGUCGCCAGAAUCGUGCCUCGCAAGACGCCCAUCGAGAUGACAAGAAAGGUCCGCCAAGCGCUACAUGGAUCAUCGAGAUCGCUUCUCAGAUCCUGUUCUCCAACACAGCCGCCGUCCAUUUCGAGCUCUUGGUCGGUCGGGACGAGAGAAGCUUAGACCUCGGAUUUGCAGCCGUCGCCAGCCACGGCCAUGGUAGUCCUGGUCAGAUACACGACCAUCAAAAGGACAAACGUAGGGACAACGUUGGCCAACANAAAGGUCUCUAUUCACGCGCUGUCAAGCUCGUCGUCGAGGACACUCAAGCGCUCUGGGACAAGCCCGCUCUCCCUUCCAACGAUGCGCAGAAACGUCCCCGUUCCUCGAAAGACUCGGUUCGCAAGUCCAAGGAAACGAAGAUCAGCACCGAAGAGGCCAAGGAGGACUCUCCCAAGAAGAAAAAGAAGAUACAUUUGGUCGUUCUUACCCAUGGCCUCCAUAGCAACAUUGGUGCCGACAUGCUUUACAUGAAGGAGAGUAUAGAUGCUACAGUCAGACAAGCGAGAAUCGAUGCAAGAAACAGAAAGGCUGCCUACAAGAAAUCGCAAAACAAAUCUGCCUCCUCGUCAGAACAGCCAGAUCCGUCGACCGACGACAAGCCGAACGAAGAAGCCACUACAGCACCUCUUUCAGGAGGCCAAGAAGACCUCGAGGAUGACGGUGACGAAGACGAAGAGCAAGUCAUUGUUCGUGGCUUCAGUGGCAAUGCUAUCAAGACCGAAAAGGGCAUUCAAUACCUCGGCAAGCGUCUGGCAAAAUUUGUCCUGAACUUCACCUAUCCCGACCAGCCUUUCCAACCAGUCAAAAAAUCCAUGACGAGGUCCUUUACGGAUCAAUUCAAAUCUCAGGCCACUAAGAAUGCCAGAGAUGGCGAGCCUGCGCACCAGGGAAGCAGCAUUCACCAUGACGACAGCGGUGCUGACGAGCUUCCUUAUACCUUUACUAGCAUCAGCUUCGUCGGGCAUAGUCUGGGUGGUCUAAUCCAAACAUAUGCAGUUGCUUAUAUCCAGAAGCAUGCGCCGCAUUUCUUCGAACAGAUUCACCCAAUUAAUUUCAUCUGUAUGGCUUCUCCUAUGCUUGGACUGAGCAACGAAAACCCUAUGUAUGUAAAGUUUGCCCUGGACUUUGGCCUCGUUGGACGUACUGGUCAAGACCUCGGCCUGACUUGGCGCGCACCUAACAUUGCGAAAUCUGGUUGGAACGCCAUGAUGGGAGGAUUUGGAGCCGGUACAAAAGAGGAACAUCAAGAAGACCCAGGAGCAAAGCCUCUUUUGCGCAUUCUCCCUACUGGUCCUGCUCAUACAGUCCUACGCAUGUUCCGCAACAGAACUGUGUAUUCAAACGUCGUCAAUGAUGGUAUCGUACCACUGCGGACUAGUUGUCUGCUGUUCCUCGAUUGGGGUGGUCUUGGUAAGGUGGACAAGGCACGCCGCGAGAACGGGUUGAUAGGUACAUUGGCCGAAUUUGGAUGGGCUGAGCUUACUGGUGCCAAUGCACUGCCCAAAGCAAUCAAGAACAACGGUGUAGGAAGCACUGCUGGUACCGAAGAUGAAGGCUCCGGCGCCGAUACACCAACGGGACAACAAGGCGACGAUGUUCCUCAACCACCAUCGGAAGCAACGAGAGAUGACAAUAGGGACUCUACAACCCUUGCUGCAGAGCCAGCAACGGGUCAAUUCUUGAGGUCACAGAACCGUGAAAGUGCCGAUUCUUCGACGAGUGUGGCAAACCAGAACCAAAGUGGCGGGCUAUUGAACAGUGUUUUCAGCUUCUUCCGUCCUGGACCUUCACCCGAGCGUCAGUCUUCGAAAACCAUCAAGGCCGUGCGUCGCGGCCAAACUGUUGAUGUAAAAGCCAAUGAUGAGCAUGGAGAUCAACUGGGCNNGAAGAGAUCCAUCAAAGAGCUCGUCGGAACAGCAGAGGUACAACAGAUANNAUCCGACAAUGAGGCCGAGCAAGCGUCCAGGAGCAACACGCGGAGGAUCGAUGAANNCUCCAACCCUGAUGCACAAGCACCUCCGAGUACAUCUAUUUUCGAAGCAGCCAGCGAUAUCCUCCAUCCUCCCAUUCCAUCGACAACUUGGCUUAUCGACCCAGCUUCCCGCGAUCGUACCAUAUUCCAUGACAGAAUCUAUCAUCCCGAAGACAUCCCGCCGCCUCCGAUGAAGCGUCCCAGUAGACUUGGGCGUUCAUUCUCUUCGGACUCUGCAUCGUUCAGAACAACUCAAUCUCGUGAUGACGUGGCCUCGAUCGAUAUGGGAAACAUGAAAGUGGAGGAGAAGAUUGCCCGAGCAUACCACAAAGACCUAUCCUGGCGAAAAGUCUUGGUGCGCCUUGAGCCCGAUGCACACAACAACAUGAUUGUGCGAAGAAUGUUUGCGAAUGCUUAUGGCUGGCCUGUAGUCAAGCAUCUGUGCGACACGCAUUUUGGAGACAACUUUACCGCAACCACUAGAGACGAAGACGAACCUGCUAUUGAUCGUGCGAAGGAUUACUCACAAGCCGAUCACGAGGCUGGUGAAGAGGUCAAAGGACAGAAUGAGCGAAAGCCCCUUACUAGACGUGCGUCAGACAUGCGCGAAGAUCGGGAUGAAUUGAAACCCCUUCAAGAGAGUACUAGUGGUGCCAUCAAGCACAAACUCAAUCCACAAGGUUCCGCUGUAUGGGACGAUAUCUAUUUCGAGGGCAGCGACGAUGAUGACGACGAAGAGGAAACUUACGCGGCCAAAGUGCAGAGGUUUCUGCACCUGAUUCAAGGUGAAGGCGACGGUGCGACUUGGGUUGGUGGUGGUGGUGCUCCGAAAAAGCAAAGCACCGACAGCACCCUACGUCCUGUCGAAAGACGUCAAUCGACUGAAGUCCAUCGUGGCCUAGGACCCACCAGAAGCCAUGAGCCAUACUCUCCUCGCCUUUCUACAUCUUCAAACAAUGCGCCAAUCGUAUCACCCAGCUCGGCCAGUGGGGAAUUUACUGGCAAGGUGCUGAUGGAAGAACCGUCUAGUAUGGAUGUUGGCGAGAGCAUUUUGAGUAAUGCGAAGCACAAUAGUACAGCUAGUGUUGGUCUGCGAAAAAGCGUCAAGGAAGCUGUGUCGCAGCCUGAUAACAACGCUGAUGAUGGGGCAGGUGUCGGUGAGCAAGUCGCUCGGAAACUAAAUAGAGCCACGUAG